AUGUUCAACCAGAACUUUCCUAGAUUGGAGUACUGGAAUUCCAAUGUCAAUGGCAUUGAAAAAUCCAUUCUAGAAAGCCAAAAAUUUGGACUCUUUGAGCAACCUAACUUAGAGAUUCAUUCAACAUGCGCCACGGCAGUCUAUGAGCAGGUCCAGAAGGGUUCCCUGAAACUGAAAGGCGUCGCAGAGCUCGGCGUGACCAAGCGAAAGAAGGACAAAGACAAGGCGAAACUUCUGGAAGCGAUGGGAACAAACAAAAAGAACAAGGAGGAGAAGCUGUGCGGCCUGGACAAGAGGGCCCCGGCCCAGGUGGCCUUCGAGAAGAUGCAGGAGAAGCGGCAAAUGGAAAGGAUCCUGAAGAAAGCAUCCAAAACCCACAAGCAGAGAGUGGAGGACUUCACCAGACACCUGGACACAUUCACGGAACAUUACGACAUCUCCAAAGUCAGCUGGACCAAGUAG